CGAAGACACAGCACUCACGAGCAAGUCUUCGGUCCACAGGGCUCAAUGUCCCCAUGGUUCGAGACUUCGCUCGUUGCUUGAAGACCCGCAACGAGCAUUCAUCGAUUGAUCAAUGGCCAUGCAUUGGUAGAAGCACGGGUACACCGCGCUCAAUUCACAUACUCCAAGAUGGCGCCAGCCCCGACACGCUCUAAGAAAGGACGCGCUGGGCCCUUGGGGUCUGCCACUGCAACACCGUCCGCCUCGCCAGUGAAGCCGACCGCACCUCCCCGGUUGUUCUAUCCAGCAGGAGCAGACAGGCCAGAGGAUCUGACAACUUCCCAACAGGAGCUCAAGGUCGCAAGGCACUCGCUCUGUCUUGCAGGUCAGGACGAUGACGUUGACUCGGCCGAUGUUACGCCCGCUGCUACUUGCAGUUGCACAGGUUUUAGGCCACCGAAAGGCAAAGGGGUCCAUGCGUUUCCAGUCAAGAAAAAGAAGCGAAAGAAGGUCAGCAAAGCCCUUGACGAAGAUGCAGAGGAUGACGAGGGGACUGAGGACGAGAGAUCUCCUGCUGGAACACCAGCUGACAGCGACGAUGAGAACAGCACCUCUGCGCAGAUAGAUGGGAUGCCGUGGUCCACGUGUGCUUGCGGACAUGACAUAUCAGAACAUGGCAGGCUUUCGGAAGAGGGUAACGAAGAGCGAAGAAGGAGGAUCAAGGUGGCCGUUCGAAUAGACGAGCUGCUCGAAGAUGAGGACAAGCUACUUGAUUUCGAAUAUACCAACGAGGACAUCAUAUCCCUCAAGAGACAAAUGCUCCCGCCUGGAUCAGACACAUCCCUUUUGCGCGCGGCAAUCGAGAGUCAUGUGAAUGGUUCAUCUGCAGUGAACAGCAGGAAGCGGAAGUCGCGGUCCAACUCGCCCGCUACUUCAUCAGCACUGACAUCUCCGACACAGUCGAUGACGUCGCUGGCAAGCCCGGAUGCCAAGCGAAGAAGGCUCGAAUCAGCACAAGAAGCUGUUGACCCAUCUUUAGUCAAAGGGCAAUCAAAGGGCGGACCAUCCACCGGCCUAGGAAUCGCGGUCAAUGAUGAGAAUAGUGAUCAAGGUGCAGGCAAAUGGAAACAUCCUACGCAGAGAACACAUGGGGCAGAAGCUGUCCCAGCGAAUGAAGCGUCAGCAGUGGAUCUUGUGACAAAGGGCAUAUCCAUCGACGCUGUCGUUGAGGAGGGCAACGAAAAGGAGGCUGCCGUCUCCACCCUAGCUCCAAAGACAUCUGCGGCGGGAACUGUGGAUCCGGGAGCAGCGCCAAAGCGUGAGCGACCGGCCGUCAUCGAAGAGCGUGCCGGCCUGAUCCAAUUUCGCGUUGUGCGCAAUGAUGACAAGCCAGAAAGCAUGAUCCUGCUCACUGGGCUCAAGAACAUCUUUCAGCGGCAGCUGCCAAAGAUGCCUCGCGAAUACAUCACGCGACUGGUCCUUGAUCGCAAUCAUAUGAGCAUGGCCAUCGUGAAACGUGGGCUCCACGUUGUUGGUGGCAUCACCUACCGGCCUUUCAACCAUCGGUGUUUCGCAGAAAUAGUCUUUUGUGCCAUCACCAGCACGGAGCAGGUCAAAGGAUACGGGUCUCAUCUGAUGAACCAUCUCAAAGACCACGUGCGCGCCACGUCGCCUGUGAUGCAUUUUCUGACGUACGCCGACAAUUACGCGAUCGGAUACUUCAAAAAGCAAGGCUUCACGAAGGACAUUACCCUCGAUCGCUCCACAUGGGUUGGCUACAUCAAGGACUACGAGGGAGGCACACUGAUGCAGUGCACGAUGGUACCACGCGUUAAGUACCUCAAGGUGGAGGACAUGCUUGCAGCGCAGAAGGAAGCCGUGCUCACCAAAAUUCGUGAGGUUUCUCGCAGCCACAUCGUCCAUCCUGGCUUGGAAAUCUUCAAGAGGAGGAAAGAAGGCGAAACGAUCGAGCUGGAUGCCAGUCAGGUGCCAGGAUUGAAGGAAAGCGGAUGGACACCGGCUAUGGAUGAGCUGUCGCGCAGGCCGAAGAGAGGGCCGCAUCACAGUGUCAUGCGGCAGAUCCUCGUUGAGCUCGGGAACCACGCGAGCUCCUGGCCUUUCCAGAAUCCGGUCAAUGGCGACGAGGUAACAGACUACUACGAUGUCAUAAAGGAACCGAUGGAUCUUUCGACGAUGGAAACAAAGCUUGAGAACAACAAGUAUGACACACUUGAUGAUUUCCUAAAGGAUGCUCAACUUAUCUUCGACAAUUGUCGCAUCUACAACCCUCCCUCGUCGCCUUACGCUAAGUCGGCCACAAAGCUCGAGAAAUUUCUCAAGGACAAUCUGCAAGCAUGGAGACAAGCAGGAGGUUUGUAAAAGGAUGCACGCCGCGCAAUGUAAAGUACAACAAUCAUCAACAGCAGCACAUGUACAUUUGUAUCUGCAGUUGUAGUCACG